GUUGAGGAACGAGAUGCUAAAACCGCUUUCAAGCCUGACAAGCAUGGUGCUGAAAUUGUGGAAGUGGCUGAUGACUCUGUAUCAGAAGUCUUAGAUUGGUUUGAAAGAAGUUCUGGUACUGAAGAUAGGAAAACUGAAUCAGCCAGAUCCCAAGGUGGGGAACUCAAAGAAGUGAACUUUACAACCAGAACAGUUCUUCCCACAGAGCACAGUGGAACUAGUGUGGAUAGAAAAAUGCAGGUUAGAGAAGAGUUACUGUAUGGAAAGAAUAAACAACUGAAUGCUAUUUCACCCACCACAUUUAUUUCAGAAGACAUACAACUGAUAAAAGAGAGGAGGAAACCUAAGCACGGUAGAGAGAAUGAGGAUCAAAAUGAGAAAUCCCUCAGUGAGCUUGACUACACAGGAAUUGAAGCAAAAGAAUCUGAUGAAGAAAUCAAGCAACAAAAUAAAAUAAAUGUCUUGAAACGUCAUGAACACGUGUUACCAGCUCAGAAAUGUGUAUUGGAAAAGGCAAUAAGAGCAAAAAGAAGAAUUAGGGAGAUUAGAGCAUUUUGGGAAAGGCAGGAAACUAUCCCCAGUCAUGGAGAGAAAGAAGUUGGUAUCCAUAUUAAUACAUCAGGUGGUGGUGCAAUAGAAGGUCUCAAAGAAAGCGACAAAAUAAAACCAACUGCACUAUACUUACCUUAUGGAUUAGAUGAUCAGAGCAAGAGUACAUUAAGUGCUGAAUUAAGAUGUGCAAUCCAGGCUUCAAAAAACAGACAUCAAAACUCUUCUGAGUUUGGAUCAGGCCAUGCUGUUAAAAAAACAGAAAGACCACUUCCAUAUGAGGAUAAAGUUAAUGAACAUACAAAAUUGACAAGAGACAGUGUCUUGCAGUCAGGAGUUGGUGUCACUUCAGCUUCCCCUAAAAUCAAAGAUAACAAUGGGAAAGAAGCAUUUAAAGGAAAAGUUGCUGCUUUUUCCCAACAGAAGUCCAGUUUUCAGGCUUUGUCUUUUGAAGAGAAGAGUAAUGAGAUGUCCAAGAAUCAAAUUUCAAGUCCUUCACAGUUUCAGAGUCUGAGAAACUUUUGGGAUAAUAGAGUUAAGUUACAAAAUAGCAUUGAUAGGGAAGAUGUUUCUUCUCCAAAUAAUGCUAUUAGUAAUAAUACUUUUAUAACCUAUGGCAGAAAUGCAGAGAAAGGUAAGGGCAGAGAUAAUGUGAGCAAACAAGAGUUAAGCCAACAUCAAACACAAGCAUCCCAGGAAGAAAAAACAGGGAAAUUAGAUUCUGUGGCAUGCAAACCGCCUGUGGGAUUUCUUACUUUUAGAGGUUUGAGUGUGACACCCACAGAAGGUAAAGACGCUGUCCAGCUGGUCAAAAAGCCAAUCAUUUCUCAACCCCAUGAAAAUACAGGUCUUCAAAGGCAAGAAGUUAAAGAACACAUAGAUAAAAAUAUUGUUUCAUCAAAAGAACAUCCUCCCAGAGGUUCUCAGAGGUACUCUGAGCAAAACCUUCCCAGAGAAAUCAUUGCAUAUCAACCUUCUGAAUUAGCUGUAGGGAUGAAAACGAUUGAUACCGUGAAUAAUACAGCACAAACUAAUUGUAGUGUAGAUUCAACAUGCCACCAAGAUACUGGUCUGUCUGAAGAUGUCAUCAAGACAAUAGAAAAGUCUCUUGCCCCCUCCAAGGUCAAUGGCUUGAGCCUAGAAAACCUGGUAAGGGAGGUCUCUGAAACUCCAUCUCCUAACCCAAGACAUGCGGACAGUGCAGGACAGAGGACUGCUGAAAUGCAAGCUAAAAACACCAAGUAUGAGCAAGAUGAAGAGUCACUACAAGAAAUCAGUGAGACUGUUGAGAAGUCUGUUGCUCCCUCUAAGGUCAGCAGCUUGAGUUCUUCUCUAGAGAAGCUGCUGAAGGAGGCUUCUGAAACACCGCCUCCUAAACCAAGACGUGUGGACGUGGCAGUACAGAGGACUGCUGAGAUGGAAGUUAAAAACACUGCCUGUCAGCAUGAUGGAGAAUCACUUCAAGAAAUCAUUGAGACUAUAGAGAAAUCUAAUGCCCCUACUAAGGUCAGUGGCUUAAGUUCAGCUCUAAAAAAGCUGCUAAAGGAGGCCUCUGAAACACCACCUCCUAAACCAAGGCGUACAGUACUGAGGACUGCUGAAAUGCAAGCUAAAAACACAAAGUAUCAGCAUGAUGAAGAGUCACUGCAAGAAAUCAGUGAGACUGUACAGAAGUCUGUUGUUCCUUCCAAGCUCAGUACAUUGAGUUCUUCUCUAGAGAAGCUGCUGAAGGAGGCUUCUGAAACACCACCUCCUAAACCAAGAUGUGUGGACAUGACAGUGCAGAGGACUGCUGAGAUGGAAGUUAAAAACACUGCCUGUCAGCAUGAUGGAGAAACACUGCGAGAGAUCAGUGAGACCAUUGAAAAGUCUAUUGCCCCCUGUAGGGACAAUGGCUUGAGUUCUUCUCUGGAAAAGCUGCUGAAGGAGGCUUCUGAAACACCACCUCCUAAACCAAGGCGUAUGGAUGGCACAGUGCAGAGGACAGCUGAUAUGCAAGUGGGAAACAUGUCCUGUCAUCACAGUGGUGAGUUGCUGCAGGAAACAUCUGUACUGUCUGAGGCUAAAAGUAAAGCACUGGAUAUUAAUUUCCAGAAGGUACUGAGAGAUGUCUGUGAAACACCAGCUUCUACGCUGGAAAAUAUGGAUAAGAAAAUGCAAAGUAAAAUACCAACUAGUCAAAGUAUGUGUAUGGCACGUCAAGAAGAAGGAGAUCACCCUCAAGAAAUGCAAGAAACGAUAGAAAAAACUACUGUUUCAAAUAGUGAAAAAUUCAAAGAAUUCAGUAGCUCGUUGGAAAAACUUCUUCAAGAAGCAUCUGAAGCUUCAUCUCCAAUAUCCAAAGCAUUAAGUAAACAAGAAAAGUUUGGGAAUAGGGUGUUUCCACCACAAACAAAGACUCUAGUUGUGACAGUGUCACAGCCUUAUGAUAAUGCUGUAUGUAGCUGUCAUAAACAGAAGACAGCUAUCAAGAAUGGAGUUCCAGAACAAAAUGUAAAAGCUUCUGUAGAUGAUCUCGUAACUCCUGAAGUGUCUGAGCUCCUUAAAAUAGAUGGGGCUACUAUUAAAAAAGAACAGAGAAACACACCUGCAAUAGAUCUUCCUUCCUUGCAAGGAGAGACCAAUACAGCGAUCAAGCCAUUCAAGAUAAAUGAAGUAGGAAGGAAAGGUGAGAGCACAUCCUUGGAUGCUUCAGAAGAUAAUUCACAAUUAAAAGAACUGUUGAAAUUGAGAAGAACAAGCACACCUCUUAAAGAUGAGAGCAGUUCUCCUCAGCUGGAAGGAGCUCAGUUCAGCUUGGCCUUUCAGCGUGAAGAUAAUGAUGAAGAAAAUGGUGACAGCUUGAAUUUUGGAUCCCAGCUUUCAGAUGAAAACUCUGAUUAUUAUUCUGGAACCGGAAGUUCGACUCGUUCAGAAGAAGAGUUAAAUCCUGUUUUGAUGGCUUUGAAAAGGAGUGCAGAUAGGAAAAUGCCUUCCAAAAGUCUAGAGGACAUUCCAUCAGCUACCUCAAUCUCCACAGUGCCUUCACAGCCUGAUAAGCCGUUUUCCAACCCUGAAAAAGUCAAAGGACUGAGCAAGUCAGUACCAUCAUUCCUACAGGAGGAGAGUGAUGAAAGAGAGACAGAUACAGCAUCAGAAAGCAGUUAUUCCUUUGGCAGAAUCAAGAAGAGUCCCAGCUCUCUAACCAAUCUUAGCGGUUCUUCUGGCAUGGCCUCCUUAUCCUCUGUGAGUGGAAGCUUAAUGAGUGUCUAUAGUGGAGACUUCGGCAGUGUCGAUGUGAAGGGGAACAUUCAGUUUGCUAUUGAUUACGUAGAACAACUGAACGAACUCCACAUUUUCAUUUGCCAAUGUAAAGACCUGGCAGUUGCAGACGUCAAGAGACAGCGGUCAGACCCGUAUGUGAAGACCUACUUGCUUCCAGAGAAAUAUAAGCUGGGCAAACGGAAGACCUCAGUGAAAAAGAAAACUUUUAAUCCAGUCUUCAAUGAAAUACUGCGGUACAAAAUUGAGAAAGAUCUCCUAAAGAACCAAAGCCUUAAUAUCUCUGUCUGGCACAAUGAUACCUUUGGGAGGAAUAGCUUCCUUGGUGAAGUGGAGCUGGAUUUAGGAAAUUGGGACUGGAAUGAUAAAUCCAACAAGCAGAUCAACUGGUUUCCACUCAAGCCUAGGACUUCAGCAAUGGCUUUUGAACUAGAAAACAGAGGGGAGAUGAAACUAGCCCUCCAGUAUGUUCCACAACCUGUUGGAGGAAAGAAGAUUCUGUCCACUGGUGAGGUCCACAUCUGGGUGAAGGAAUGCCGUGAUCUUCCUCUUCUGAGGGGCAACAGACUCAACUCUUUUAUUAAGUGUACAAUUCUUCCAGAUACCAGCAGAAAAAGUCGCCAGAAAACAAGAACGGUGUCAAAAACUACAAACCCAGUAUUCAACCAUACCAUGGUCUAUGAUGGUUUUAGACCAGAAGAUUUGAAAGAAGCCUGCGUAGAACUCACAGUCUGGGAUCACAACAAACUUGUCAACCAUUUUCUGGGAGGUCUCAGGAUAGGCCUUGGAAUAGGCAAAAGUUAUGGAACUACAGUGGACUGGAUGGAUUCUACUUCAGACGAAUCUGCCCUGUGGGAGAAGAUGAUAAAGUCGCCCAACACAUGGGUGGAAGAUACACUACCUCUCAGGAUGCUUAUGGUUGCAAAACUGACAAAAUAAGGGCUUUCUGAUUGCUAGCAGCAAAAAGAAUUCUUGGGAAUGGAAUCAAAAGGUGUGGUGGUGAAGCUUGGAAGAGGAGCACAGUAGCUCCUUUUAUAGUCUGUGUUCUGUGGCUGUUCUGUUUCUCUGCUAUCAAGUGUCACUUCAUAUUUCAAGUUACACUUCUGCCUGCAGAUCUAUGCAAAUUAAAGGGCUAGUUCUUCUUCACUGAAAAUAUACUCGAGUAAGAAUGCACCUAGCAAUUGAGAGGUAGAGGAGUCUGUGAUACCUGAAUGCUUGUGUUGCCUAAUUUAAGUGUUGCUUAUUCCUUAAAUCUAAAUUGCUGAAAGUGUGUUCUAAUUGCAAAAAAAAAAAAAAAAAAAAAAAGGAAAAGCAAGUAAACUUGGCACUUCCUGGAUUGUUUGUGAAGUGUUUUAAUGACUCAUUAGCAACAGGUGGCAUUUUGUUCAUGCUUCUCAGCAUCCCUCUACAGCUGAAUCCUCAUUAUGCUACAUUGGAUCUCUCCAGCAAGGACUGUGCAGAAUGUUUUUUUUUUAAAUAAGUCCCUUUACCUGUGGUUGUACUUUUAUAUGGUAUAAAGUUGCUUCUAUAAUGGAAGAAGCACUACUUGAAGUGGAACUGUUGACAUCUUAUUCUGCAAGGUGCAGAGGACUCUUAAUUCCAGUUUACUAGGAAAAACUAAGUUUAUAAAGUUUGCUUAUACAUUUGUUCAUCACCUUGCUAAUAAAUCAACAUUACUUUUAAAUAUUGAAGGCACUGGAGUCAAACUUGUUCAUUCAAAUGCUACUCUAAAGGAUAUAUACUUGCCAGUUUUAAUGAUGAUUAAAGUAUUGGGUAUUUAUUUUGUAAAGUGUACUCAUUAUCUGUACCUGCAUCUGUUAGCUUGUUUUGCCAAAAUCAUUUCUCUGUUCUUCAGCGCCACCGUUAGGAGAACGCUGGGAUUAUGGCUGGUCCUGGUUUAAAGAGCUCUGCAGCACAUGAAAUGGGACAGGGAUUUGUCACUUGUGGAAACGCAUGCCACUAAGGGAAGAUAAAUGCAUAAAACACAAAGGGUAUUACUUAAAAAAAAAAAAUAAUAAUAAUAAAAGCAGCCUUAAAUGGAAUUAAAUCUAAA